AUGCUAUUUUUUGCUCAACUUUUUCUUGAUCAAGUGAUUGACUGCAUCUUUGGGAACAAGACGCCAACGUAUGUUCCUUACACAUGUUGGCUUGGACUGAUCUUAUCUCGUAAGGAAGGUUAUGUUGAAAGUCCUGGGAUUAUCAUUCAAAUUCAUUGUCUUUCCAUUAGGAUCAUUAAUGUCACUCCAUUGGAAGUUUCUAAAGAGGAUGAUGAGGAUAAUGAUAAAGAAGACAUUGAUGAAGAUGCUAGUGAGGAUGAUUAUGAGGAAUGUGUUGGUAUUAAGAAGGGGGUGAUGAAGAAGAAAACAUUGAUCAAGAUGAAGAAGAACUAG